UCGCCACAUGUUAGCUAAAAAAUCAUACUGCUACAACCUCCAUAAUCAUGGCAUUUAAUCAAAAUCAAACCUACAAACGUAUCGGCAUCGUCGGUGCUGGUAACAUGGGCACAAUGAUGUCGCUUGGAUUUGCUGAGCAAGGUCUAGAUGUUUCGCUGUGGGACAUUUCUAAUGAGAAUGUCUCCCAAGCAAUAAACAUGGCAAAAGAGGCGCAGGAAAAGGAGAAGCUCUUGAAGGGCAAGAUCGAAGGGUUCCGUGACAUACAUGACUUUGCAAAUUCAAUGAAAGGCGACAAGCCCGCCGUGUACAUCUUCAGCAUCACGCAUGGAAAGCCGGCCGAUAGCGUCAUGGAAAAGAUUUGGGACUACCUUACAGAAGGCGACAUCAUCUUGGAUGGCGGGAAUGAGCACUAUCGCAACACAGAACGACGCCAGAAGGCACUAGCAAGCGAAAAUGUGCAUUGGGUAGGCAUGGGUGUUAGUGGCGGAUAUCAAAGUGCUCGAAGAGGCCCGAGCAUGUCGCCAGGCGGCAACAAGGAGGCAAUUGAGAAAGUGCUGCCACUGCUAGAGAAGUUUGCGGCAAAGGAUCCCAAGAGCGAAAAGCCUUGUGUUGCAUAUAUUGGACCAAGGGGCGCCGGGCAUUUUGUUAAAAUGGUCCACAACGGCAUCGAAAAUGGCAUGCUCUCCACGAUCAGUGAAGCUUGGUCAAUUAUGCACAAGUCUUUGAGGAUGCCGUACGAUGAGAUUGGUGAAGUUUUCAAGAAAUGGGACUCUACUGGCGAGCUGCGAGACACGUACUUGGUACAGAUAGGUAGCGAGAUUUGCCGGACAAGGAAAACUCCUAGCGGUGACAAGAAGGGCGAAGGUGCAGGUACUGCUGGCUUCGUUCUCGACGAUGUGCUGGAUAAGGUCGUACAAGACGACGACAACUCUGAAGGCACGGGGUAUUGGACAGUCUCAGAAGCAGCUCUUCGGCACGUUGCUGCCCCGACAAUAGCAACGGGUCAUUUUCUCCGUGUAGCCAGCGGUAAUCGAGAUCAACGACUACGCGUGGCAGAGAAUCUCAAGAUUCUAGACAACAUUCCAGUCCCACAGGAGGCAACGCAGAACAUUAAGAAAGCAUUCCUCGAGGACUUGCGGCGUGCGGUCUACGCUUCGUUUCUCUGCAGCUUUUGUCAGGGACUCGAACUCAUCGCACGCGCUAGCAAGGACGAGAGCUGGGACAUUGAUCUCGGCACUUGCAUCCGCAUCUGGCGCGCUGGAUGUAUUAUCCAAGCGGGGCACAUUGCCGACAUGCUGGAACCAGUUUUUCAUUCCGACAAUGCCCAGGAACAACCCAUCAUGAACAUAAAGCUCAUUGAUGAAGUGUCUUCUGUUCUUCACGAAAACUUCCAGCCGCUGAAGAAUGUCGUGCUGAAGGCGAUGGAAUGGGACAAUUAUGUGCCGAGUUUGAGUGCCAGCUUGGAAUAUGUCAAGUAUGCAGGUGGUACGAUGUUGCCCACCCAGUUCAUGGAAGCGGAGAUGGAUUACUUUGGCGCUCAUUCGUAUGAUAGGCCGCAUGCUAAUGGCGAAGACCCUGGGAAGACUGAGAAAGGGGCACAUCACUAUGAGUGGAAACCAGCAUGAGUAUUAGUAUUCUAAUAUUCUUGUAUUAAUACCAUAGCACGGACA